UGGAUCAAAUGUUGCAGGCAGAUAAGAAUGAGGCUUUAAAGAAGGCUCUGUUUCGUGGUGAUGUGUCUUUAAUUGAAGAACUCUUAAACUCAGGCAUCAGCAUAGAAACUAGCUUUCAGUUUGGCUGGACUCCCCUGAUGUGUGCUGCCAGCGUGGCCAACUUCGCAGUAGUGCGUCUUCUUCUGGACAGAGGUGCCAACGCAUGUUUUGAAAUAGAUAAAUACACUGUGCUGAUGGCAGCAUGUACUGCACAAGCUUCAGAGGAGAACAUCUUGAAGACUGUAGAACUGCUUCUAUCAAGGAAUGCUGACCCUAACCUUACUUGCAGGAAAAAAAUGACUGCACUGAUGUAUGCAGCUAGAAAAGGCUAUGCUCGCGUUGUUGCUCUGCUUGUUGCUUGUGGAUCACACAUAAAUGCCCAAGAUGAAAAUGGAUAUUCAGCAUUAAUAUGGGCAGCGCAGCAUGGACAUAGAAGUGUAAUUUUGAAGUUGCUUGAGCUAGGAGCUGACAAAAAUCUGCAGACUAAGGAUGAAAAAACAGCAGCAGAGCUAGCAAAAAUCAACAAACAUACAGAGAUUUUUAGUUUGCUCUCUUUGGCUGCAAAUCAUGUGCAAGGGAGAUACCAUAAAACAGUUGAGCAAGAGGCUAUCUGCAAAUUUCUGACAGCUGUCUCUGACCACAGAGUUGGUUCCUAUUCACUCUUUGAUGACAUGGAAGUGUUUUUACAUGGUCUUGGUCUAGAACACAUUAGAGGACUAUUGAAGGAACAAGAUAUAACUUUAAGAGAACUUCUGAUCAUGCAAAAAGAUGACUUAAUACAGAUUGGCAUUACAAAUCCCGGAGAUCAAGAGAAACUCCUAGGUGCUAUUAACGAGCUGCAAGUGGAUGAAAAAAGAAUUGAAGACUUCUCUGAAAUUCUGAACCUGGAAUUGAGUGAAGAUGAAUUCUACAAGUUUCUUCAGAAGCUGAAUAAAGAGUGUAGUAAGCUGAUCGUUCCUGUGCAGACCAUGAAUAAGCAUUUUCUCAAAAAUUCGCACAAGAUGGUACUGCAGUGGGCACCGACUGAAACUUACAUUGAACUCUGCAAAGAUUUGGUUUGCAGUGUUAAGAAUCUGGGAGAAGAAGUUGCCAAACUGAAGGACCUGGUAGUGAAGCAUGAACAGAAGAAUGAACCCAACCAAGUGAAACUUCCAAAAAAAGCAGCCACCUUGGAAAAAAGAUUAGUAAAGAUGGGAGGGGUAACAUUGCUUGGAUUUGGUUUUUUCUUCUUUAUAACUAAAUUAGUGGUAAAGAAAACCUGAAUUUAGGUUUAGUGCUGUUUCUCAUCAUAUCUGUAGUAGUAUCAAGUAUGUACUUUGAUCUAGAAAUAAAGUUAUUAAAAAAUUAAAACUGUUACUUAAGAGUAUCUUAUGCAUUUAUUUUGAAAAUUUUUUGUAUACAAUGUAGGUCUAAAAUCCUGUCGAAGCUGCUUUUCUUUUUUGGCUUAAAGUUGUGAUUAUUGCUUACUAAUUACUAGUUUCAUUUUUUUUACUUUUAACUGUUCGGAGAUCAACAUAAGCAAAUUCUUCUGAUUAUAUCACAUGUUUGUAUUUAAAAUUAUAAUGCAGAUGUGUUUUGGGGGUUGGGAGGGUUUAAAAUAUUUUAAGUAUCAUAUUCAAUGUUAUAUUGAUAAAGAUCUUUUCUCUUGCAGAGAGAUAUACUUUUUUUUUUCUUUUCGCAAUCAAGAGGACUGUGGAGAUCUUUUUACACAUUGCCUAAAAAGUAAUUUCCCACUGAACUAUGAUAUUCAAAUUAUGCCUGAAAUCUGUUUCCUUAGGGAUACUCACUUCUAUUAAGAGUUUCAUUACGUCUAUUAAAAGGAUUAUAACAGUGCUUUGCUGUAAGAAUGCAGGCAACUUAGAAGGCAUAGCAGCAUGUUUUUUCUUGGUCUGGUCUUUCACUACGAAUUUUUUCUUAAUAUUUUUGUCCACUUAAAAAGGUGUUUGUAAUCCCAGAGUGAAGCAUUAAUAACUGGUUUUGAUCUGCUCUACCAAAACAGCUAUGUUGGAAAAAGGGGAAUUGGUGUAAGUGAAUUCAAAUCAGUUAUGUUUUUGCAUACUUCAACAAACAUCUUUAAAAAUGCAAAAUAUUUUGGAAGGGACUUUCUUCUAUCAAAAUGAAACAAAAGGAGUCUAAAUAACCAUAAACCUGGAUGGGUGUGUUACACUUUAGGUCUCUGAGUUUUCAGAAAUGUUGUGUGGAAUCUUUGUCUUUGGUAUUCUCUCCAGAGACCAGUAAGGAGAAGAUAAAAACUUGAGUGCUAUUCCAAUUGCUGUAACUGCAGUUUUCUGCUUUUUU